UCAGAAGCUGGCCCUGGGAGGUCCUGUGAGGAGAGACGCAGGCGAGAAGAAUUUAAGAAAAAGAAUUUCCUGAGAUUCACUUAGAUCUAUCAUACCUGGUGAACAACCAUGGAAGACUACACCAAAAUAGAGAAAAUUGGAGAAGGUACUUAUGGAGUUGUAUAUAAGGGUAGACACAAAACUACAGGUCAAGUGGUAGCCAUGAAGAAAAUCAGACUAGAAAGUGAAGAGGAAGGGGUUCCUAGACCUCAAAAUCUGUUGAUUGAUGACAAAGGAACAAUUAAACUGGCUGACUUUGGCCUUGCUAGAGCUUUUGGGAUACCUAUUAGAGUAUAUACACAUGAAGUAGUAACACUCUGGUAUAGAUCUCCAGAGGUGUUGCUGGGGUCAGCUCGUUACUCUACUCCAGUUGACAUUUGGAGUAUAGGCACCAUUUUUGCAGAAUUGGCAACUAAGAAACCACUUUUCCAUGGGGAUUCAGAAAUUGAUCAACUCUUCAGGAUUUUCAGAGCUUUAGGCACUCCCAACAAUGAAGUAUGGCCAGAAGUGGAAUCUUUACAGGACUAUAAGAAUACAUUUCCCAAGUGGAAACCAGGAAGCCUAAAAUGUUAGUCUAUGAUCCUGCUAAACGAAUUUCUGGCAAAAUGGCACUGAAUCAUCCAUAUUUUGAUGAUUUGGACAAUCAGAUUAAGAAGAUGUAGCUUUCUGACAAAAAGUUUGCAUACAUUAUAAUCCAGGAUGAAUAGUUGUAUUUUUACUGUUGAUUCUAUUUUUGUCUUCUAUAUUUUUCUUUGUUGUAAAACUGAAACUGUACUUCACUUUCUCAUUUCAAGAAUAUAACUUAAAAAUGUAAAUAUUGUUCCAUAUAAAUUUAUAAUUCUGUAUAUGUGUGUACAUCUCAGUCUUUACAGCAGUUAUGUUUUCCUAUAGUUGGAAGUACUGAAAUUUAGGUAAGUGUGCUAAGUUCAAGUUUUGUAAUACUUUGAAGUAUUUUUAUGCUCUGAAUGUUUACAUUUUCUGGUCUGUUUCUUGCCAUGUGGUAACUAUACAGACUGCUUAAAGAUGAAUAUUUUUUAACUGGUAUUUCAGUUUGUGACCUAAAUGCUUAAGCAUUCAGGAUGAGAGUGCUAUACGGAUCUGAGAAAUAAUGCUAAAUUUAUAAGGGGUUUUCAGUAACUUAUAAAACUAACAUUAGUGCAUGCCAAAGUUUGCUAAGUUUUACAGUCUAAGAUCAAGGGCUGUCCACAGCGGGGAAGAAAAGUUUUGAAAAUUUAUGAACCCUCCUAUUUUUAGGUACAUUGUGAAAGCUAUUUGUCUAAGUGAAUUCUUAUGCUUUGGCCAGAAGUAACAGCUAUGCAGGGGAUGCUUAUCUUGGCUUUCAGGUCUGACUUUACUUACAAAUUUUGACAAUGUGGUUUAUUAGCAACCUUCUACAAAAGUUCUAAUACACAAAUAUUUAGCUAAAAUCACUAGCUCUGAGAAUUGCUUUAUUGUAAUUCUUACCUAUGAGCACCCUAGUUUAAAUUUUUGCUAUAGCCAAGAGAAUUGUGUAUAAAAAUAGUUUUAUUACUGUUUUAGGAUGUAGCUAUUGUUUUACUGGCCUAAUUUUUUAUUUUUUUUUUUCCUUGUUACCUAUGGCUUGAAUCUGCAUUCCUGUGUUAUUGGUUCUUACACCUGUUUGAAUCUGCAGUAAGUGAUCUAUCUUAUCCUUGUCUUAAAAUUUUUGCACUUGUAGUUGAAAGAGUGGGUCACUUUCUUUGCCGAUGCAACAGUUGGCAGUUGGUUGCCUUGUUCUAGGAAUUAGGGUAAGUCAACUUGAUGUAGAAGAAUGCAGAGCCUGCAGAUGGAAACCAUUUAGGGUCAUAUUAGGGAGAGUUGUUAAAGAUUCCAUGGUAGGAAUUUGGGAAAUGAAAAUGUCCCACAAAAGAUUUCAUUUGGUGCAGUAGCAUGCAUAUCUACACGCUUGUGUUUCUUUACGUAGGAAGUGAGACGUUGAACUAGAACUUUUUCAAACUGCAACUCUUCAGUGGUUCAGAAUCUAUGUUAACCAUUAACCUAUCUUAAACAGCAUUAACCACUAGAGUAGACUACAUCAGUGUGUCUUAUAUAUACUCUUGUUUUAGUAACACAAAUAUGAGAUAAACAAAUGUUUGGGGCCUUAAAAUAUGGUAGAGGGAACUUCACUCAGUGGAGUCUACUUGUCUAAAACAUCAGUAAGCCAUCCAUUUAGAACUACUUUGGUAGGCCAAGGCAAAGAGAUAGAUGGUAGAACACUAACAUUGCUAUAAUGUUUCACCUACUUUUGAUCUUGCUCCAAAUAUUUAUGUAGUUCUGUAAAAUAUGUCAAUUUCAGUGACUUGGUAUAAAGUUACUGAAUCAGGUACUUACCUCAUGCAUAUUUUUGUGUUGUGGGGGCUCUGAUUAGUUUUAAAAUGACUAGGCCAUUGGUUUUUAAAAGUGUAAUGUGCCAGAAACACCUGAGAACUACCUCUGGCACUACCCUAAACAAUUCUGAUUUGGAAAUUGGGUAGUGCAUCCCAGGAAUAUUUUUAUUUUGUUUAUUUAUUUUCCAGUACCGAGGAUCAAACUCAGGGCCUUGCACUUGUGAGGCAGGCAGGGAGCCACUGAGCUAAAUCCCUGGCCCCCAGCAAUAUUUUUUUAAAAGCUUCCCAGUUGAUCAUAAUGAAGCUUGUUAUCAGUUGAUGGUGAAUUUGAUGACUUUGGACAUGUAUCUAAUUUGUCUUAAAACUCCAUAGCAUCAUGCAAUAUUUUAAUUCUAUUUCAGUCUAUUCUUCAGAGGGAGGAAGAGUGGGCUAUGUAUUAUAUAUAGUCAUCAGUGUGAGACCUUUAUGUUCUUGAGCACAGCACUAUACUGAAAAUCUUAAAUGUUAACCAUCCUUUUUUGAGUUUUUUCUUUUUUAAAAUUUAAAUACAUUAAUAAAGAUGCAGAGCAGUUAGUACAAAAUAUAUAAUAAAAUAUUCCUAUGUAUAUAAGCAUUACAUAUAAAAAGUUCUAAAAUAAUCAUUUUAGAAGAGUUAAUAAAAUAAUAAAAGUUCUCCUGGGGACUUAGAUUAAAAGCUAAAAUAAAUUUUAAUUAAAUAUUUUAAAGUGCUUGAAGAGACUUGGAAGCUAUUGGAUGGAGCAAACUUUGUAGUUCUUUAGCAAGAUAUAGUUCAUAAUAGGCCCAUUUCAAAUUAUGUUUAAAUAGUUGCUAUAUUCAAACUGGAAUCUGAGCUUUCAUAGAACAUAGAAUUUUUUUGUAUUGUGAACAGAUUAAUAAAAAUGCCUGCCUCAAUGUUGAGCAAGCUCUCCAAGGUACGAUGCAGUUUUCAGUUCAUCUGGUUUUCUUAUCCACUUAGGUAGUAUUCCCAUGUAUUUGGGAACUCUCCACUACUGCAUGUGAUCCUGAGGGGUCCUUAGUUCUGGGUCUCUGCUUGUUCAGUCCAGUGUACAGUAACCCAGCAGUAAGAUCUGAUCCAAAGGGUAGGCAAAUGAAUUCACAAGACCAAUGAGGGCCCUGCCGACAUUAAGCUGGGAUGAUGACAGCUUGAGCAACAUCUCCACUCGAGCCAACCGAGAUGAGAUUUCUGGGGCAUGAUGUCCCUGGGGUCCUGGCUCCUGUACGACUGCUUUUAAAAUUUGUGAGCCACCUGACAUCUCCUUUGGCGCAUGAGUUGUGUGUGUGUGUGUGAUUUUCUUUUUUAAAUCCCCCUUUAACCUAGUUUAAGUUGGGUUUCUGUCAUUUAAACCUCAGAGUCCCAAUUAAUAUAGCUGUUAAGAACCAGGACAAUGAUUAGAUAAUUUUUUUAAACCCCUCAAUUUUACUUAAAAAUCAUUCAUAAUGUAUAUUAAUUUCCUCCUUUAAAAUCUAUUUAAAAUUGCCUGUAGUAAUUGUUUUUACUGCAGCUUCUAAUAUUAGUGUGUAUAAUGAUACUAAUAUAAAUGUAUUAUGUGUCUAUUGACUUUUCAAAGGACUUAAACUUUGAAGGAAUGUUUAUACUGUUUUUGGUACCUAAUUUUUACCAGUCAGGAAUAGAAAUCUGUAAUACAUUUUUCUAUAGGUAGUUAUUCUUUCCCUUGAGAAAUGAUUUCAAACCAUGCUAUACUUUUCUGUUAAGGAAAUAAUGCAAUAACAAAAGCAGAAUGUACUUGGAGAAUUUAUUUGCUAAUGAUUAUUGGUAGUUAUAUGUGAAAGGAGCUUUAUAGUAAUUAAAUAGCAUACGCUAUAUCAAUAGAAGUUUCCUAUACUAUAAAAAUGCUGUGAACUAUAAAAUCACAAGAAUGAUUAUAUCAGUGCAUUCUUUACAAGAGGAAAGAUAAAUUUCCCAACUGAACAUAGCCAUUUGUCUUAAUGGUUCAGGUGUCAUGACAAAUGUAUUUAUGUGCAAGAAAAUAUAAAUGUGUUCAUGAAAUGUGUUCCCUGAUUCCAGGAUCCAAAAGGGAAGCAGAGCAUUUGCUUCAUCCUUAAAGCUUGCUAGAAUCUGAGCAGUUUUAGAAAUACUCUUUGGCUUCUGAUUUAAAAUACUCCUCAUGCACAAGCACUAAUGGAAGUAGCUCAGAACAUAAAAAAGAUCAGUUUUCCAGAUGAACCCAAAAUGCUACAUUUUUGACUAGUCAACCUCAAUUUGAAGCCCCAUGAACUGGAUGACAAAUGCAGUCUUUAGGUCUUAAUUUCCCAUACUAACUGGGUCAUAGUAACAUAGAUUAAAAUGCCUCAUGUCUCCAAAUUUUGGUAUUCUCCAUGUAAUCCACAUGCAUUUGCCAAAUCAUUCCUAGUUAGUGAAAUGAUAAAAUUUUAGAGUUGCGUGUAUGUUGGGCAUCAUUUAAUUCUAUCUAUUUCACUGAUGAGGGGACUGAAGAUUUCAACAAGAGUGAGCAAUAAUAGAACCUGGAUUUACUGGCUUAGGAAAGAUUUCUGUUUUGGAUCUGCUCUAAUAAUGAAGUUGGAGUCAAUAGUAGAGUCAAGAAAGAAAUUGUGCAUUUCAAGAAUAAAAUAAAGAAUUCAGACAUCCAAUGAGAAAUUAGGAAUCAUCUGAGAAAAUUGCAUAAGAUGGGUUUUCAGUUCUUAAAAAUUAGAAGUGAAAAGACCAACAAUCCGAGUAGGUAGAGACCAAGCUCACUGUUACAUAGGUAUUGAGUGAAUUCUCUACAGGGACAGCAGUUUUCAUUUUGUUUUAAAUAGCCAUAUCCCAAGCAGUGACAAACUAUCCAACUGCAGUUUAAUUAUAGGAAUUUAUCAGACAAGAAACAUUGGGAUAGUUAAUAGUAUAUCAUCAGAAGAUCUAUAGAUCUUACCAUUGUAAGAUCUAUGUGGCCCAGAAAUAUCUAACAUAUAGUAAAAAGCAAUGAGCUCAACCUUUUUCAAGAGAAAUAUCUCGUGUUUCCAUGUUUAGAAUGCUUCCUAGCAUGUCUGAAAGGCAAAGGAAUAAACUACUUCAGAGGGCUUAAUGGCAUGAAAUAAAAGGACUGUUCACAAACAGAAAACUGGACUUAAACAGACGUUUAUUUAAAUACAAGCAGCAACUCCUGUUUUUCCUGUUAUCGCCAAUUAUAUGAUGCAACAUUUUUACCAGAAGAAGUACUUUUUAAAAACAGCCUGUCAGGGAGUGAAUAAACAACACUAUAUUUGGCUAACAGCUGUUUUUGGGAAAUGAGAUGUCAGCAAAACUGAAUGUUUAAAGAAAACUAAUUAUCCAGCUACCUUUGAGUGGGAUCAAAGUAAAUAAUGCACUUCCUGAAUUACACUGAGAUGUUUUGUCUAGGGUUUAAAUAUUACAUAGUCAGAUAUUUCACUUCCUCCAUCAUUUGCUAUGUUGAGCAAAUGAAUUUAAAGGAUUCCUUGUGUUAGUUGUGCUGCCAAUAUAUAACCCUUUGUAUUUUUUGAAGCUGCACAAAACUUGCUUCUUGGCUUAUUCACCAUCCAGUAUUGUGUUCAGCCUAGAGCAGUGUGUUUAAGGUUACAUUAAAAAUCUAAAGGUGCUUAUUUUAUUGCAGGAUUUUAAAUUUCUUUGAUAUUAAAAAAAAUCUAGAUAACCUAGUGCCAGUAUAAUUUGGUUGCGUUUAACUAUGAAAGUGUCAAAGUUUGAGGAAUGUCUAAUUUAAUGCUUAGCAUUUUGAAAUGAUGUAAACACCAAUUCUUGAGAAUUCAUUUCAAGUUUGCAGCUGAUUGAAUUGUGACUGGUUUGUCUUGUUGACACAUGUCAUUUUGGCCAAUCUGUGCAGUCCUUUGUCCAGGCUGUGUGCACACAGGCUGUGGUUUCCCUGAACCACAGCUGCAGGUGCUUGUAGUGAGGACUCUACUUGUUGAAACAUUACUGUUCCCAUAAAGUGAAAUGUCUUUAUAUUCUGAAGCAAUCUCACUGGGGACAACGAGGCUAGUGAUGAAAAGUGUGCCUGAAAAUUAGAAAUUUUUGAAUGAACUUCAGAUGUGCUUUUAAUGUCACAACAAAGGCCAUACAACUCCCAUGGAACAUUUUAGAACAAGGACUUCAUACAAUAUUAGUUAUAAUCUUGAGAAAAUAAAAAGCAUUAAAGCAUAAAUGUGACAUGAUAGCUACAGAUUUUGAAGGAACAUCUCUCUACUUUAUAUACUUUCCUGUGGAAAAAUUUAUGUUAUUUAAAUUCUUCAAGAAUAUAUCCUCUAAAAUCUGGCUUAGAUUGUCAGGUAAACUGUUAUUAGAAAACACUUCUAGAAAAGUAAUUUUAAAAAUAAAAAUCAUAAAGGAAAACAAUUUCAGAACACAUUUAAUGGUGUCAUACCUGUUAAUCCAGGGAGUGUCCAUUGAGCACCUGCUGUGAGCCAAACUGGUAAGACUUAAGGACACUGUUUUGAAGUAAAUAAAGUUCUUCCUUUGGUGGAUUUUAUAUACUCUCAUGGGGCAGACAGAUUCUUGCAAGUGUAUAAAUGUAAUAGAGUUUUUUAGAAGGA